AGAGACCUCGCGCACAUUUAAACAGGAAGCGUCACGUCGUCGUGUGCCGGAGAAACUGAUCCCAGAACACCCGCGUCGCAGCUAUGGCCUCAUACGCCUCUGCCUUCUGCCUCGGGUUACUCUGCCUGUUCUGCUGCUCCAGCUUGACUCAGGGAGAACAGGCUCUGGACUGCUGCCUGAAAGUCAGCCAGGAACCUAUACCCAAAAGAAUUGUCAAGGGCUACGAGAAGCAGGUCAAGGGUCAAGGCUGUGACAUCAACGCUGUCGUCUUCACCAGCCUACGAAACCUGAAGCUGUGCGCUCCGACGAACCCGCGCUGGGUCAAGGAUCUGAUGGUCGCCGUGGACACCAAGCUGAAGUGGUGCAGGGAGAAAAGCUUCCGGCCGAAGCGGUGUCAGGGGCUGCAGGAGUAACGGAGCAGACCGGCUGUGACUCUGCAGUGGGACGGUGUUCUCGGAGCAGCUAUCCUCUACAGUCCUCACUGCAUCCAGCAAAAAAAGCUAAACCAAUGUGAAUUCCGUACUUUCAAAGAACUUCAGUUCUUUUAACUGAUGCACUUUUAUGUUCUUUAUCUAUCGCAAUCAAGAGGCGGACUCCGUAAAAAAAUAUUUUAGAAAUAAAUAAUAAUGAAAAAGAUAAUAGCAUUUAGUACCAUAAUGCCUUAACUGAAUGUUUAACUCUUUUGUGUGCUAUAACAAGAAGAUGUAGUGGCUGUUGGCCAAAAUUCUUUCCAACUCUAGAGAGCUACAAAAGUUCCAGCUUUUAGAUCAUAUCAGUGCUCCAGACAAUAUUAUGUAAUUAAUAAAGUCAAAUUUGGAAUUUAAUUAACGAGAGCUCUGUCUCUUAGCCAGUUUCCCAGUGGAGGGAAUUAGGCUUUGAGAAGACUAUUACUUAGUCUUACUCUUAGACUGAGAAGAGCAGUGCUACCAAAUGUUGCCCAUCACUGACUUGUCUGACCCAAAUUAAAAGGUAUGAUCAGCUCAGAUCAAUGAGCUCAUAUCUAUGGUAGCAUAACUUCACCCACUUUCGAGUUGAUGAGGCUUUAUCCAAUCCAGAUCGUAAUUAUUCCUCCCUUAUUGUAUUAGGUCAUAAACAGCUGAAACAGCUUUGCAUUAUAUUCAGUCACAAAAGUUACUUUUAGGAAUUCUAAAGUACAAAUACCGCCAGGAAGGCACAGAAGACACAUGUAUAACCAGUAAAUGUAAGGUCAGCCAAACAAACCAACAAUUUAUAUUGUAAGGUCAAUUAUGUUAACACAAUACUGCUUACAGCUCUAUGCAAUGUGUGAGCUCUAAAUCAAACUGUACUUUUUUUCCAGACAGGGAUAUGAAAUCAAUCUCUCUUGAGUUUUAAUAAUUGUGUUGUUUUUGCACAUUCACGUGUGAUUGUGCCAUCUGAGUCCUCUAAGGUCUUAAAAAAAAAUAAAGAACACUUAUUCCACCAAA